GAAUUGUUUAUCAUUACCAUUAUUUAUGUGCGUUAUUUAUGACUGAAAGUUCUAUCGCAAACAAUAAUAAAUAAUAACACGAUAAUGCAUUCACUUGGUCCUCAUUAGCAUAUUGAAUAAACGAUACAUAAACAACGUAACGUUACAAUUAUUGAUAGCUAACGUUAGCUCGCUGUGUUAAACGUUGAAGCUAAUGUAACGGUAAUGACUACCAACGUUAUAUCUAACUAGCUACAAUGUUGAAUUCACGUUAGCAGGAUAUGCAUAAUGCCAGAGCUUUAAUGUAACGCACGCAACUAUUUGCUGGUUAUCAAUACCCGCUUUGUGCGACGCUUUUCCCCCACAGCUUUCAUGUUUUCUGUUUGCAUCGUUACUUCUGCGAUCAGUCCCUGCUGUGGAAUCAAUGACUAAUACGCUUUACGGCACAACUAACGACAUACAUACUGCAAAACCGAUCCGGCUCGAUAUACCUUUACCAGGACAGACAUAAUGGAUGAAGAACCAGAGAGAACCAAGCGCUGGGAAGGCGGCUAUGAGAGGACAUGGGAGGUGCUGAAGGAGGACGAAUCUGGCUCCCUAAAAGCCACAGUAGAAGAGAUCCUGUUCCAGUCCAAAAGGAAAAGGGUCACAGAGAGCCACGGACAAGUGCGCCUUGGAAUGAUGCGACACCUCCACGUGGUGAUCGACUGUUCAAGAACUAUGGACGACCAUGACCUGAAACCGAACCGCCUCACCGCCUCCCUGAAGCUGCUGGAAACCUUUGUCGAGGACUACUUUGACCAAAACCCCAUCAGCCAGCUGGGCCUGAUCACCACCAAGAAUAAAAGAGCAGAGAAGCUGACUGACUUGGCAGGAAAUCCAAAGAAACACAUCGUUGCCUUGAAGAAAGCAGUGGACACUGUGUGUAUCGGCGAGCCGUCCCUUUACAACUCUCUCCACCUGGCCAUACAGACACUCAAGCACAUGCCUGGACACACCAGUCGGGAGAUCCUGGUAAUCCUCAGCAGCCUCACCACAUGUGACCCCGCCAACAUCUGUGAGCUGAUUAAGACCCUGAAGUCUCUGAAGGUGAGGGUCUCUGUGAUUGGCCUGUCAGCGGAGGUCAGGGUGUGUACGGUAUUGACCCGGGAGACGGGCGGCUCCUACCACGUCAUCCUGGAUGAGAGUCACUUCAAAGAGCUGCUGAUGCUGCACGUCAAACCGCCCCCAGCCAGCUCCUCAUCCGAGUGCUCGCUGAUACGCAUGGGUUUUCCUCAGCACACCGUCGCCUACCUGAGUGACCAGGACGCCAAGCCCUCAUUCAGCAUGGCGCAUCUGGACAGUAGCGGUGGUGCCGGUCUGUCUCUGGGAGGAUACUUCUGUCCGCAAUGCCACGCCAAGUACACCGAGCUUCCUGUGGAGUGUAAAGUCUGUGGUUUGACUCUGGUGUCGGCGCCCCAUCUGGCCAGAUCCUUCCACCACCUUUUCCCCCUCCAAGCCUUCACGGAGAGCCCUGCAGAGGGGCUCCACGUAGACAGGUUCUGUCAGGCUUGUCAAGGGGAGCUGAAAGACAAAAGUAUAUUCACCUGUCCGAUAUGUGGAGGUGUGUUCUGUUCGGAGUGUGAUCUCUUCAUCCAUGACUCGCUGCACUGCUGCCCCUGCUGUAUUCACAACCCAAGCAACCCCUGAAGCAAUGAGGCUAACUAUACUGCGUGGUCACCGUCUUAUAGAAUGCCUAUGGUGCACACAGGGAAUGCACCAUAUUUCAAAAGUGUUGAAGACUUGAUACCCGAUGGGACAAUCUCGGUAUGUCAUUAAAGGUUCACCAGCUUCUUAAGUUUGGCCAAAGCUUCUGUCCGCUGUGAGGACUGCUUCCGAGCUGCUGCACGCCCAGCUGUGAAAUAGCACAACACACUUAUUUCUGUCAGAAAUCAUUUCUGUGUAUUGUUUACACACACUUUUGUACUACAGUUUGUGAAUAAAACCCUUUUUCUUCCCU